UGCAUUUCUGCAGCGAGUGUAACCACCCUGGUCGAAAACUUGAUAUAGAUACAAACGCUAAAAAUUCGUCCGGUGGUGAUAACUUAUUGAUUAUUUAUUUUUCAAGGCAGGUAUCUGAAGAGAUAUCAUAGUUAGAUGACAAAUAUGGGCGACCAGCGUGGGACUAGAGUGUAUGUCGGUAACCUGACCGACAAAGUAAAGAAGGACGAUCUAGAAGGGGAGUUUACAAAGUACGGGAAGCUGAAUUCAGUAUGGAUCGCCUUCAACCCCCCGGGUUUUGCCUUUGUGGAGUUCGAGCAUCGUGAUGAUGCCGAAAAGGCGUGCGACAUACUGAAUGGGUCCGAACUCUUGGGAUCUCAGUUGCGUGUGGAGAUUUCCAAGGGCCGUCCACGUCAAGGUAGGCGCGGAGGUCCUACCGACCGUGGCCGGCGCGGCGAUUUCGGCCGGCACAGUAUAACUAGCAGUAGCAGCAACGGAUUCAGACAGCGCGGAUCCAGCGGAUCCGGUGGCCGCCAUGGCGAACGGAGCUACAGCUCUGGUCGUUCUGGUGGUGGCUAUAGUGGCAGAGACGGCGGAGGCAGCAGCUUUAAUCGUCGUGAAGUGUAUGGCGGAGGACGCGACAGCGGCCGCUACAGCAGCGGAAGCAGCGCUAGCUACGGUCGCUCUGGUGGACAAGGAGGACGUUUCAGGUCCCGCUCGCCCGUUGGAAAUCAUCGCUUCUAAUAAGAAAAAGACUCAUAGUUGCUUAAGGGUUACCUAUGAGUAAUGAAUAAUGAAUAAUAACUUAAGUGCGACCGUAAAACGUAUCCUCGAAAUAUUUAAAUUUGUAGCAUUUGAUCAUUUUCGAUCAACUCCAUCAAAAACUGAUAGUCGUCUUUUCAUUACUAAUUUCAUGAAUGCAGAAAGUGGGAAUACAUUUUAAUCAUAAAAAUGACAACCGCAAGAAUAUAAAAUUUAAGUUGUAAAGUAGAAAUCAACUAAGAAACAAUACGCUAAGACUCGAUCUACGUUAAACCAAAUUCUAGAAGUACCCAAUUUUAAUAAAGAAAAUGCGUAAAAAAUUUCGUAUGCUUCGUACCCUUCGCAAAAUAAUUGGUCUGAAACUACAAAUUUCUAUUCCUAUUCAAAUUUUCAGAUUUAUUGAAUUUGUGCUAGUCAACACGUUUAUACUUUAAGUAAUGAUAACUUCCAAAAUUGCCAUCUUAACAUUGGUUUUGCAACACCUGGGUACAUUGUAUUCAGAAGCUAGGCGAUAAAUCUGUUUUUGAUGGCCCGUUUUAUUCAUCUACAUAAAAGUGCUGGAAAUAAACACUCUGUUGGAGGCUCUGAUAAUGGGCAAAAAACCAAAUACUGACAUAUUCUUAAACCUAUAAACUUAAAUUAGGUAAGAUAUAUAUUUCAUCAUUUUUAUAUUGAAGCAUUGAAUUAUUAAAUUGAUUCUUUUUCCCUUAAA